CGGCUUUCACCGGCCACCGCCAAAGAAUGGCGGAACAGUUUUCUGCCUCGGCCGCUUUUACGAACAUGAACAACAACACGGACGGUUGGGGUGAUGAUUGGGGCGAUUGGAAUGAUAACUCCGGUUCGGCCGUGGAAUCUGCGAUGCCGAAAACGAUUAGUUCCAUGCAGGCAACUCCGACCGCUCCUCCCAACACGUACUUCCACCAGCAGCCCCCAACGCAACAGCCUCAGCAACACAUACAAACGCAAUAUCAACAACCCCCACAACAACAGCAGCAGAUGACUCCAGGGCCAGGAACGUACCUGGCCGGGCCGCCCAACCGUAUGGAUCAACACAAUCACAACUAUAUGCCGAACUACACGCAAGCCAACACCGGAUAUCAGCAACCAACGAUGAUGGCUCCUACAACCGCUAACCAAUAUGCGACCACAAAUUACGCGCAGCCACCGCAACCUACGUAUGCCACGCCGGCAAAUAAUUUUUUCAAUGCACCACCCUCACAAUCGGUUCCCCCCGUAUCACAUCCACCCGCAUCGACAACACCCCAACUGAUACCGACUUUUAACCAGACCAUUUCCGAUAGUUUUGAUACAACGGCGGGCAACGACAGCUGGAACUGGACCUUACCGGAAGCUUCCAAUCCGUCACAGCAAACUGGGAGUUCGAAGAUGCAGCCAGACGAAAGUAUUGCUCCAAAGCAACUGUCGCAGAAUGAAGACUUUCCUCAGCAAGGCACCUUACCUCCGGGAAAUGUGCAGCUACAGCGUUUAAAGACGGAAACGCUUUCACCACAAUGGUCCAUCGAGAGUCAGGUGUCGUCUAGCGAUCGUUCGCUGGAGAGUGAUCCAAGCGGUGAUAGUAGAGGUACGGCACAACCCAACACAUCCAUACCCGCCAGCAACAGAUCGAUGAAUAAUGGACCUUUUGUGGCACCGACCCCGACACCCGCUCAGACCGUUCCUGAUAAGCUCGAUGAGGUGCUGGAAGCUUUAAGCAUUAAACAGGAACCAACCGGAAGUCACGGUCUGCUCGAAAGCAGUUACCGUGGAGAGCAAAAUUUUCCACCACCACCUCCCUCGAUCGUUGGAACGGCAGCUGCAGCAGGUCCAAUUGUAAACGAGUCACUCUCUCACACUUCCAAAACGUCCUCUACGACACCACCUUUGCCACCUCCUCCGGUCGAUAAUCCCACGGUAGCUCCUCCACCGACAUCCUUGCCCGCUGGACCACCGAUGGUGAGUGGACCACCACCAAAAGCGAUGCAAAUUGCUGGCUCGAACCCAUUCAAACGAACCGGACCAAGGUCUCAUACGGCCACGCCGGGACUAUCAAGCGUAGGUCCUUCACCUGCAACGAUUGUACCACCGUCGGCAAAUACGGGUGGAGGAUUCUUUUACCCACAACAGACAGCACACCCAGCGCUACUGCAACCAGCUCCGUUAGAGGAGCAACAUAACAUAGAAUCGUUAACACCGGAAAAUCAAGAAAUUCUGAUCGAAACACGUAGCGAGCAAUCAUCGAUCGAAAAUCAGGAAAUUGCUCCGAAUAACGAUCGCAACCAAUAUCUUCAAACGGGUCAUCUGUCGGAGGAUGGAUAUGGUGUUGAAGGAAUUACAUCGAUGGGUGGCGCCAGCACCCGUACCCUGCAAGCGACCGGAUCAGAUGAGGCAGAAACGAAUCCUGGUGAUGCGAACGAAGGUCGACUACCGCCGCCUGGUCUUUCACGGUACGUGCCGGGACAGAACGAACAGCAACCGGAGCCGUUUGUAACGACGAGCGUAAUAGUAGGACAAAGCUUCCCAGAACCACCACCAGGAUUGAACCGUAUGGUGCCCGGUAUGGAUCUGCAGAACGUGUCAGAUCUUUCGCUUGAACGUCAGGCGGAUGGGGAAGUGUCGGAUGCUGCAACAACGGCACCACCACCGAUUAUGUCCACGGCUGCUAACACCAGCGCACGCAACGAUCAUCUGCACCAUCAUCACCACCAUCACAACCAUCAUCAUGAUCGGCGGGUCGAUAUGAGCGAUCGUAAUCUUUACCGCGUUCCAGGCGAAGAUGACAAUCACACGCAUCUGAAUCAGCAACGAGUUGUGCCUGGCGGUGGGAUAGAAAAUGAUCGUCCCGCACCUGUAUCGAGCGCCGUUCCCGUAACGAGCGCCGCUUCGGGAAUUAUCAAUUCCGUAGCAACACUUGACAUGCCCGAGGAACAACGAGAGUUGGUAAUGGAUGGAGAAAAUCCGGACGAUCGGCGGGAAGAUUCGUUAGUGGGAGGAAAUGCCGAUCCGAUCCCUUCUGCGACCGGUCCCACCUCAAAUGCCGCUGUUUCUGGUGGCCCUGUUGCAUUGGAAACAGAAUCAAACAUUACUGUCGACACUGCGUCGCGCAUGGAACCGUCCAACACAUCCACGGCGGAUGAAAGCGAUAAGGGCGGAUUUUACGGGGCCGGUGGUAGCUCGAAAGGUGGCCGCCGGGAAGAAGAUCAUCUUCGACGUUCGAACAAAAGCAAAAGUUCACGAGAUCGGUACGAUACGGAAGAUUCCGACUAUAGCGAGCACGAACGCCGUCGACGGGAGCGUGGUGACACGAGUGUUAGUGUGGCGGGUGUUAGUGGUGGUGGGGUAGCCGAGCCGAGCUCAUCGCAACGACACGAACGAUCACGCCGUACCAAUGGUGAUCGGGAGAAGGACAAACAACGGAAGGAUAAUGGACGCGAUCGGGAACGUGACCGGGACCGGGAUCGCGAUCGUGAUUAUGACUAUCGCGAUCGUGAUCGUGAACGAAACAGAUACGACCGCGAUCGUGGCGAACGCUAUGGGCGCAAUAGUAAGUAUGAUCGCGAUAGUCGCUACGAAACCGACGGUUCAAAGUACGAAACCGAACGAUCGACCCGAUACGACAAGGAAGACAAACGGUACGGUGGUUCAAGUCGCGAUGACUACUACCGCAAGCGAGACGAGCGGGGACCGACGGACGAUGGUCGUGGUGGCGCUGGACGAGACCGCGAUCGGGAUACGCUCGAAAGGCGGCAGCGGAAGGAAAAGGAACGCUCGGAGCGAUACCGAGGUGAUGAGCGGAGGAAAGAUGAUCGUUACCGUGAAGGUGAUAAGCGUCGUGAUCGUCACGAUCGUCGUUACGAUCCGGAAGAUUAUCGUACUGGCAGCCGCAAUGGAACCGAUCGCGAUCGCACCCGAGACAGCCGAGAAAGGGACGAUCGUAAGGAGAAGGAUCGCAGCAAGUACCUGAGUGCAGCUGGCAGUGGUGUUGGUGUUUACGGUGCUGGUACUGCUGCUGGUGCUUAUGGUCCAACAAGUGGGUACUACGAUCCGUACAGUUACUAUGCUCAACAUCAGCAGUAUUACGAACAACUGCGGCGUACGAAUCCACAAGCGUACGCUGAAUGGUACCGUACGUAUUACGCGCAGAUCCAGGCAACCCAGAUGCAGCGCGAUCUGCUAACUACCGAUGGGCGUGAGUCGGUUCACUCUGGGCGCAGCUCAGCAAAUGACAAGGAACGGUUUAAUCGGACCACACCGUUUAUGCAUCCGCCCGGUGUGUACAAUCCGGAGGAGUACCAUCGCCAUUUCAAUAAUCAAUCGUUACCAUCGGCGGCCGCAACCGGUGCAGCCGGCCCAGGUUCGCUGCUCGACCAAAGCUAUCUGACCGAUGCGUCUGGUCAGCCGUCAUCACUGCCACCGAUGUACCAUGCAUUCCAGCAGCAAACACAGCAGCAUAAUCAUCAAGCACUUCUGCACCAUCAGCGGGCCAACACAUCGCUGGCAAUGGACCGAACUUACCAUAGUGAAGCGGGUGGAUACUUUCAACCAAGAAUCGAUCAAAUUGAUGCGUCGUCUAUAAAACCGGACCACGGCACUGAACUGUCGAUGAUGGAACCGGAACGCUUGACGCCCCGAAAGUUCCCCGAAAUUCAUCCCAUCGUAAGCGUGUCCGCCGGUUUGCUCAUUUCGACCAAAAAUCGAUUAACGAUGAACGGUAUGGCGGAUACGGUUAAAAUAUACAGUUUAGGAUACAACGAUGCAAGUAAAAAACUGUUCCAAACCUACCCGGGCCCACUGGUGAAGGGUGUAACACAUAAAAAGUCAGUGAUUGAAUUCUGCGAAGAGCAGCUUCGCCAAGGCCCAUCUUGUAAUGGUGCAUUGGCAUUGAUAAAAUCGCGAGGCAAUUCCAUCAACAGUCUUCAUUCGUCCUCACUAGCGGCUGGCGUAAAGAGCAGCUCAUUCUCGCUGCUGUGGAACUACAUCAUUCUACUACUAAGACAAAAUGGCACAUUUGUCGGGACCGAUAUCUCCGAACUGUUGAUGCGCAACAAGGAAGAAUAUCCAUUCGAAUCGAUUCAAGCUAGUGUGACACGUUCUGCCAAUAUAAGUGGACGCAAUUCGUCCCUAUCGCAGGCAGCUGCCGAACGGGAGGAAGAUUCCCGCCAGGAAGGGGACAGCGAAGAACCACCUGAUGCUUCUUUGGACGAGCAGGUAAAAGACACCUUAGCAGAAGCGGUGUCACCCAAAACACUCUCGGAGUUAGAGAUUACGGACAAAUUCCGCAAUUAUCUGCUGUACGGAAACAUUAGCGAAGCGCUCGAAUGGGCCACAGAGCACAAUCUCUGGGGACACGCACUGUUCCUCGCGUCGAAGGUUGACUCUCGGCAGCAUGCAAACGUGAUGAUGAAGUUUGCCAACAAGCUAACACUGAACGAUCCACUGCAAACGUUGUAUCAGCUGUUGAGUGGCAGAACUCCGGCCUCAGUAACGAGUGUAUUGGAUGAAAAGUGGGGCGAUUGGCGACCACAUCUCGCAAUGCUAAUGUCAAACAGUUCCGCCAAACCGGAACUGAUCAAGAAGUCGAUCACAACGCUCGGCGAUACCUUGCUGCAUCGGGGUGACCUGUACGCAGCACACUUUUGCUACCUCCUGUCCGAUGUGGCCUUUGGACGGUUUGCUGACGUGAAGCAGGAUGGCGCGGGUGGGCACAAUGGAACCGUACGGUUGGUGCUACUUGGUGCCGCUCAUCACAAUCGUUCCUUCCGCGAACUGUCUACGAACGAGUCCAUCAUGAUGACAGAAAUUUACGAAUACGCGCGGUCGCUGAACGAAGAUCGCUAUUCAAUUGCCGAAUUGCAGCGUUUCAAAUACUUGCUAGCGUGUCGUAUGCUUGACCAGGGUAUGCAGCUAAAAUGUUUGCUCUAUAUGGAACAAAUAGCCGAUCAGAUACAGCACGACCCUUACCGAUUCGAUACUGACUUUGUGCGCAAGGUGUACACGCUGGGCGAUCGGUUGAAGUAUUACGAUCCGGUGAUGGAGAAAGCGCUGGACGAAUCGGUGAACAAUACCGGUCGUGGGAAUGUUUAUGCAAACGUGGAAGAUCCACAAUGGUUGAAGCAGUUAAACGAAAUACUCCUCAACAAUUCAUCAAGUGGUGCCUCACAUUACAAUAACGCCGGCGAUGGUCAGACAGCGUAUGAUUACGGUACCGGAUACGCAUAUGCUGGCGAUCAAUCGCAGGCAGUUGUGGGUGUAGCACCAACUCAAGAGUAUUCCGGUCAGGAACAGGACACGAACGACAUUAACAAACAGUUUAGUGAAAUCAGUCAACAGCUGGGACAGCUUAAUUUACAAUACAGUGACCAACCGGGUCAACCGGGUCAACCGGGCCAACAGUACCAGCCAAAUGCUGUCGCACCGUACGAACUAAAUCCGCCUGUACCGAGCUAUGAUCAGGGUUACGAAUCGAUAAACCAGCAAUCGUUGCUUGAUCCAACGGUCGAACAACAUGCACAUGCUCAGACCCCACAGCAACAGCAGCAGCAGCAUCAGCUUCAGGAUAAUUAUGAACCACAACAUCAGCAGUAUAAUCAAUACAAUAGCUACGAUGAACAUCAUCAUCAGCAGCAGGAACAGCAGCAGAUGGGUGGAACUAGUUACUUUACACCAGCUCCAUCAGUGAACAAUAAUGAACCGAUGCCGGCUUCAUAUGAUGCAGGAUAUUGGGGCGCCGCUGCCGCUGGUAACAACAGUGAGCUACGAUCACCGGAACAGUCAUGGAAGCAGCAUCAUCAUCAUCACUAUCAGCAAGAAGAGGAAGAGGAACACGAUUUGUAUGAAGAGGAUGAAGAUCAGAAGGAAGAUUGCGAUCGUAGUUCAUUGUCGCCUUCGCCUGCGAUCGAUGCGACACAGGCAGAGCUCGCAGCAACAUUCGAUUAUCACCGCGUUACACAGCAGUUUCACCAGCAACGGGAUGCGUGCGCGCCGAAACCGACGAUCUCAAUGCCAAAUUCGGUCUCGAAGCGACCCGGAUUUGGUGAUGAUACGGAUGAUGAGCGGACGGCACAGGGGAGAGUUGGUGGUCAGGGGCAGGCCGGUAUGAAUGCGGCCGGUGGUAAUAAACCACAGCAACAAUCACAAAAUGCAGCUACACAAGCGAAGAAAGCUCCUGGUGGCAAGGAUGGAAAAGCUGCCGCUGGGCCAGCUGGUGCUCAAGGAUCUGGAUGGUUCGGAGGAAUUUGGAAUAAAUUUUCCUUAAAGCCAAAAAAUCAGAUGAUACUGCCCGAUGAUAAAAAUCCAAAGAUUGUUUGGGACGAAGUGUCCAAGCGUUGGGUAAAUACGGACGAGAAUGAGACAGAAGCAGAAGCUUACAAACCACCGCCCAAGAUGUCGGAUCUUGUCCCAACUUCUGCUCCAGCAGCUCCGGCUGUCGGCAUUCCUACGCAAAUGGGUCCCCCGGGAGGAGUACCAAUAACUUCUUCAGGAGGGCCUUCUGGACCGCUUCCACAAUCGCAAAAUGCCGGUGGUGUCGUAUAUCAACAACAACAACAACAACAACAACAACAACAACAACAGCAACAAUCCAAUCCGAUGGAAAACCGACCAUUACAACCGAUGCAAUCGAAUGUUUCAACUGUCAGUAGUGCUGGCGCGGGAGUUCCUGUGGGCGAACCGACGAAAGUUCCCACGCUGCAGUCAAACAUGUACAAAAUGCAACGCAAUCGAACUCUGAAACGAUCGUACGUGGAUGUGUUCAACCCUUCAGGUGCGGCUCCAAGCAAACCGACGGAACCCGUGCUGGCACCAACCGUUCCGACGAUGCCUAACUCUUCGGGAAGCUUUUUCGUUCCCGGUGGUGCACCUAAUACCGGUGGAGCCGAACAGCAAGCGGACAAUGUAGCUGAGGGAAUGCCACAGUUCUACAACCCCAACCAAUUUGCUGGUGGACCCGGAGGCUACCAGCAGCAGUAA